AUGAUGCUAAGCGCUGCAGCGUGUAAUGCCUCACAGGCUUCCUCAGGAAGUCCCUGCGGCGAACCUGGCCGUUCCUCGUGUGCUUCACGUAGCAGCACUGAAGGAGGAGGGCCAGAUGAGUACGUGAAGGCCCUGCAGGAGGCGGGAAAGUACGCUUUGUGGGCACCGCUGCUGCGUGACGCAUUUCUUUUAGAGGAGCCGUCUCUGUUGUUGGGACAGAUUUGCUUCGACGUAACGGCAGACGACCAGCGAGGAUCUUGGCUGCUGCCGGAAGAGCUGUUGAGUCAUCAGAGCGAACCAGCUGAUGAUGAUGGUAAUGACAGGCAGCUUUUUACGAACACGCCAAUUACUGAAGACGAGCAGCAGGCAAUAGACGAGGUUUUGCUGCAGCUGUUGGGGCUGCAGAAGCAGGAAGAUGCAGCGAAUGCAACACAACAAUGGCCUGAAGCGCUACUGGGG